AUGGGCUGGCCAGGCCCGAACGAAAGCCCCGUUUGUUCGGAAUGCCUGCGCCUGGCCUCCAUCUGCUUCUCCUUCAUGUCGUCGAAACGCAAGGAGCGUCCUGCUCGUGCCUCGGCUCCAAAGUACCCGCGCAGGGAUGGCCCCGGUCUGAUCUAGGGUUUCCUACCCGUCGACAGGGAUGGAAAAGGAUGGGGAGGAAGAAGAGGCAGAUACGGACUACAGUAUUUUACUUGAUCGACGUGGGGGCGAUCACGGCCGUCGGAUGCUAUUAAACAGACAAGAUCGAAUACGUUUGAUUUUCUUUUCGCCGGCGAUUAGUCUGCUUUCUUGCGCCGGCCGGCCUAAUUAAGCAGAGGAGGAGGAGGAGGAGGGAUUCGAACAAGGGCCGAUCAGGCGCCCGCCAUUGUCACAGAUCCAGUAAGGUCGAUCCACAUAGCGCUGUGCAGGCGCAUCAUCAAGAACACCAGUUCUUUUAGAUCAUCAGAAAGGCACACGCCUAGUUACGUUGCGACCAAUUGUUGGUCCGAUCAGCCAUGACGAAGAAAAGACGUCGUCGCAGACGCAAUGUAAAUGCAGCACAGAAAGCAACUCGCAACAACGACGAAGAAGACGGAGACAGGCUUAGCAAGCUGCUUGACGACCUUCUGCUCAACAUUCUGGAGAGGGCGGACACACUCGAUGCAGUAAGGGCCUGCGUCCUCUCGAGGCGAAUGAUGAAGCUCAUCACCAUGCUCUCGCGGUUCUUCCUAAGCUGCAGCUCCGUUCCAGGCCACCAGGACAGCGCUCGUAUUUUCGACCCCACUGAAUUUUUCAGAAUCAACAGCGCCGUGGCUCAUGUAACGGACAACAUCUUGAGCACAAGGAGCCCGGAGAUCACCAUCAGCAAGCUCCAAAUCAGAUUCAUCCUGACGCAACGUGAUUCUUACACGAUUGGCGAAUCCGUCGCCCACGCCAUGGCAACGCAGAAGGUCGGCGCGGCUGAGUUUCAGAUCUUGACAGAGAAGGCUUAUCUGGAGAGCACUCCUGCCGAUCUUCUCGACCAUGCCAAGAAGUUCAAUGGUUUUCUCAGUGCUUGCCCUGAUGCGUUUGCCGGCCUCAGGCGCCUGUGGCUGCGCAACAUGAGGUUUGCUGAACCGGACAUACCCAACAUCCUCAGCGCUUGCAAGCUCUUGGAGUCUCUGCAUCUGACCCACUGCGACUCGGGGAAGAAUUCCGUGCUGCGGCUGGAACAUGCUCAGCUUACCGAGCUCGAGGUCAAGGUUGGGAAAUUUGAGACAGUUGAGCUGGCAUGUCUACCAAAACUCCAAAGGGUGAGCUAUAACAAUUGGUUCAACUCCCAUAAAGAUCCCCUGUAUUUGGGUUUUGUACCACAGCUUUCAAAGCUGUGGCUUGCUAAAACUGGCCGCCGAUCGACUAGGACUCUAAAGUUAAGUCAGCUCCUUGGUAAUGUUCCUUCCAUAAGCGAUCUGCAUAUGGAUUUUCAAAGUGAAAAGAUUUGGGUUCUGCCAGAAAGCCCGAAGCUGCUCAAGCCUGUGCUCAGCAAACUACAGCACGUGAAUCUGGACAAUCUUCCUGAAGGAUGUGAUUUAGCUUGGACAAUGUUUAUUCUUGAAGCUGCGCCGUCCCUAAAAGAGCUGUGCAUCACGGUAUGGGAUCAUUGGUGCAAUAUGGCGAUGAGAGACAAAGAGUUUCGGGAGAGAAAUGGUUACUGUGAAAAGGUAGACGUGGAGUGGAAGCCACAUGCCCCUGAUUUCAAGCACAAGAACCUGGUUAAGCUCACCAUCUACGGCUUCCAAGCAGAUGGCAUCUUUGUGCGAUUCAUCAGGUGUGUCAUGGAACAUGCGGUUAAUAUGGCAGAGAUAUCUCUGCAUGACAGGAAGGUGUGUCUGCACUGUGGUGACUUGGAUCCCGAGAUGAAGUGCCCAUCGAGAUAUCCAUGGAACGCUGAUGAGCGCAUGCAGAUCAUUGAAGAAUUGGGGUGUCUUUGCCUGCCAUGGUUCGCUUCCUGUCGUAAUUGAAAAAAAGAGAUGCUGUUUAAUCAUGAGUGUGGGCAAAUUCAAGUGAACCUGCAUCACCUGGGCAACCACCGGUUCUACGUCGUCAAGCUCUUCAGGAUGACGACCCGCCGCCAAGGCGGGGGCUGCUGCGAUGAUCCCAAGGAGAAGUGUUUCGCAACGCUCACUGGCGUGGAGGUUGUGGGCGGCGACCACGCCGGCAAAGGCAUCACAUGAUGAAGCACAGAUCUCUCCAGUACUACUUGGGUGAACACUUCUCUGGGUUGUUACUGGCUUGAGAAUUUGGAAAUUUAUCACUGUCUAUUUUUUUGAGUUGCAAGAAGAUUGAUCACUGUCGACUAAGGUUGGUUAAGAAUGGUCAGUUUUGGAGACUAUGCUAAAUCAAACCUCUCCUGUACUUUGAAACGGAGAGAAUGUUAAUGGUUAAUUGAAAUUCGUUUUUGU